AUGGACUCACACCCUCUCAUCCUUCGGGAACCUCCAAAUGGUAAUGGGCGGAUGUUCACGCCUCUAGAUAUUCAGAUGUUUACCCUAGGAGCGUUCCUAUUUGCUAUUUCACUCGUGGUAUACUUCCUCCUCCACGCCGGAAAACCCUAUGCAGUAUUCUUUUAUAAUUGCUUCCUGAAGCCCUUCUCCGGAAGCUCGGCAGAGGGGAACGGCGGUCAGCAGGAUGCCCUAGAGAGUUUUUACAAAGGACAGGCGGACAUCUAUGACGCGACCCGGGGGAAGUUACUGAGAGGGAGGGAGGAGAUGUUGGCCCUCGCUGCAGCACAGUUGAAGUACAGGGUUAAGAAGGAGGGAAGGAAGGCGGUUUGGGUGGAUAUUGGGGGUGGCACUGGGUUUGUUUCUUAUUUCCUUAGUGGAAAGAGUAUAGGGCUAAUUGGGGUUAGGUAUAAUAUUGAGACGUUGAACAAAUAUCUCUCAAUUCAGGGGUUCUUUUCAAAGGUUUACUUGGUAGACCUUAGCCCGAGCUUGUGUGAUGUUGCAAGGGAGAGGUUCGGCAAACUCGGGUGGAGGAAUGUGGAAGUUGUGUGUAUGGAUGCCCGAGUAUUCAGAUUGGAGGAGAAGGCCGAUUGGAUCAGUAUGAGUUAUUCACUGUCUAUGAUUCCUGAUUUCUACUCGGUCAUCGAUUCUCUCUUGAGCCUGUUAUCGUCCGAGGGCAUAAUCAGCGUUGCAGACUUCUACGUACAGUCCUUAACCAACUUUGCGGGAAGGACUUAUACUGGUGGAGUGCUCAGUCGCCAUGUAAACUGGUUUUCACGGCAGUUCUGGAGAGUAUGGUUUGAGUUUGAUCGAGUUAAUCUUGACGAGGGCAGACGGGACUACUUGGAGUACAAAUUCGGGACUAUACUAAGCGUGAACGAGCGCAACCGCAUACUAGGCGGGAUCCCCUACUAUAUCUGGAUUGGCUGCCAGAAACUACACACAAGGACCGACGUCCUAGCGCUCGUUGACUCAGCCACUACUAAACCCCCAUGCCUACCUCCAAUUCACCACAUGUCGGGAGCCCAGGCGAAUGCCCAGCUUUCAGAUACCAUGCUCAAACUCCGCUCCAAAGGGUUCGAAGCGGCCGUCCUAAACCUUGCGACAAACCUUCCCCUCCCGAGCGCCUUCUACCAAAAUCGUCACUGGAGAAUCUACUAUGACGAACUCUUACAGAAGCACACACAAUUCAACAAUUCCUACAUCUACGCUUUCACAUGGGAAGAUCCACGAGUGGAUCAAAGUAUACUAAAGAUCGGUCCGGAUGACGUUGUGCUGGCUAUCACCUCUGCAGGGGAUAACAUCCUGCACUACCUCAUCGAAGGAAGCCCCAAGAGGGUCCACGCCGUGGAUCUAAACCCAACACAAAACCACCUCCUCGAGCUCAAACUAGCCGCAUUCUCGGCGUUACCCUAUGAAGACAUAUGGAAUAUUUUCGGCCUAGGCCGACACGAGAACUUCGGAGGGUUGCUGGUGAAUAAAUUGAGCCCUCACCUAUCCUCCCGCGCCUUCCAAUACUGGUUCGACCACCGGCAAGUAUUCGGCUCGCGGCUCAGCGGAGGGCUAUAUGAAACGGGGCAAUCUCGACUCGCGAUUAUCGCCGCAAAAUGGCUUUUCCGUGUCUUCGGCGUGUCAAAACACGUUGAACGUAUGUGUGCCGCCAGAACACUAAACGAGCAACGCGAAAUCUGGCGAUCCAAAGUCCGCCCCGUGAUACUCUCCUGGUGGGUUAAUUGGGCUAUAAUCGACCGCGACCGGUUCCUCUGGAGGGCUCUCGGCGUGCCCGCCAAUCAGCGGAAUAUGGUAAUUCAUGACUGCCCACAACUCGCUCGAGGGCGAGACAAAGAUAGUGGGAGGGCAAUGUGGGAAUAUGUGGUUAAUACCCUAGACCCCGUGGCCGAGAAUAGCCUCCUGAGUGAGGAUAACUACUUCUACUAUCUUUGCCUCCGAGGUCAAUACACGGAGAAGUCCCGCCCGGUGUACUUGUGUCCGAGGUCCCAUGCAAAGCUGUCCCGUCCCGGGGCACUGGACAACGUUCGCAUCCACACCGACGAGAUUAACCACGUCCUCUCGAGGAUUCAACCGAGCACGCUAUCCAUCGCGGUCAUAAUGGACUCAAUGGACUGGCUCGAAACGGAUGGCGUGGAAGCCAGGAAGCAAAUCAAGUCGCUGAACACGGCAAUGAUGGUUGGUGGGAGAGUACUCAUCCGCAGCGCUGGUCGGAAUCCCUGGUAUAUGCGUGUGCUUGAAGAGGAGGGGUUCAAGACAGCGAGGGUGGGUGAUAGAAGUCCUGGGGCCUGCAUUGAUCGGGUUAAUAUGUAUGCUUCGACUUGGGUGUGCACGAAGGUUGAGGAGAGGGGUAGGAUGAGGGGAAGUUCUGGGAUUGAGGUUUAG